AUGGCGAGAAGCCAGCAUUACAUCCUCCUGGCCGUCGCCGUCGCGGCAAUGGCGUUGGCACUGCUGGCUUCCCCGGUGGCGGCGGCGAAGAGCUUCAACAUCACCAAGAUCCUGGCGGCGCACCCGGAGUUCUCCAAGUUCAACGCGAUGCUGAGCAAGACGCGGCUGGCGUACGACAUCAACCGGCGGCAGACCAUCACCGUGCUGGCCGUGGACAACGCGGCCAUGGCGGGGCUGGACCAGUACUCGCUGCCCACGGUCCGCCACAUCCUCUCCCUGCACGUCCUCGUCGACUACUACGGCGCCAAGAAGCUCCGUGGGCUCUCAAACGGCGCCACCGCCUCCGCAUCCAUGUUCCAGGCCACCGGAGCGGCGGGGGGCAUGUCGGGCUACGUGAACAUCACUUCCCACAAGGGCGGCAAGAUAGACUUCGUCUCCCAGGACGCCGACGACACCACGACGCCGUCCCGCUACGUCAAGUCCAUCAAGGAGCUCCCCUACGACAUCGCCGUGCUCCAGGUUAGCUCCGUGCUCUCCUCCUCCGAGGCCGAGGCGCCCGUCCCGCCGCCGGCGCCUGUCGACCUCGUGGAGCUCCUCUCCAAGAAGUACUGCAAGUCCUUCGCGGAGCUCGUCGCCGGCAACGCCGACGUGUUCCAGGCGCUCAACGAGACCAAGGACAACGGGCUCACGCUCUUCUGCCCCGUCGACGCCGCCGUGGCCGCCUUCGCGCCCAAGUACAAGAACCUCACGGCCAAGGCGAAGACGGCCAUCCUGCUCUACCACGCCGUGCCGGACUACUUCUCGGUGCAGCUGCUCAAGUCCAACAACGGCAUGGUCUCCACCCUCGCAACCACCAGCUACGUCAAGAAGGACUACAGCUUCGACGUGAAGAACGACGACGAGGAUGUGACGCUGGCCACCAAGGUCGUCACCUCCACCAUCACCGCCACCGUCGGCGACAGCGAGCCGCUCGCCGUCUACGCCGUGUCCAAGUUCCUGCAGCCCAAGGAGCUGUUCAAGGUCGUCCAGGCGCCGGCGCCCGCGCCAGAGCCGUCAAAGAAGAAGGGCAAGACGGGAGAUGCCGAUGACGAGUCGUCGUCUGACAAUUCCGAUGAUUCCACGGCUGAUAAGGGUGCUGCGGCGCCGGCGGUGUUCGGCCGUUGGGCGACCGUGGCAGCGACGGUGGGGGCUGCAUUGGCGUUAUUGGCCUAA